AUGAUCCCUGCCGCCAGCGAGGAGGACCUGAGAUCUCUGCCACCUUCAGUGCAACGAAAGCGCUUGCGCAUUCGGCUAGCGCAGAGCGAUCCCAGUUCCCCUGCGUGCUCCACGCACUACAAUCACCACUAUCACGGCCGCACUUAUCGCCCUAGUGCUCGUCUUGGGUCUGGCCCCCUCCACCAUCACCAUCCUCAUUCUCACUCUCACCCUUACUCGCGUUCUCGCUCUCACUCUCGCUCUCGUGCUUUGCGAAACUCCUCGACAACUUCCCUCGCCAGAGGUCGUGGCUUGGAGAAGCGCUCGACCGUAUCUCCUAGGAAACUGCGCAAGCCGGGCUCCUUGCAACUGGCCUAUCUCGUGGCCCAGGCAGACUCGCAAUGCUUCCAUUCUCUCCCCGCUAAGAUCCAACAAAAGCUUUUCUCUCCCGAAGAACGUUUGCGUCUUCGCCAGGCUUAUCGUGAAAGUCUCAUUCUUGACGCUGCCGACGAAGCUUUUUAUCGUCGUCCGUUUUCUCGCCGUCGUCUCUCCACCGACAGUCUUCCUUCAGAGACUACUCUUCCAGUAGCUCAGCCCGACACAGUCUUCUACGACUCGGACUCGGAGUACGAGUCUGACGACAGCAUGGAUCAGUCCAUCUACGACAGCUUCCGGUGGCUCGACGAAGAUGGUGAUCUGGACUUGUCUCUGGAUGAGUACCAUGCCCACGUUGCAGAUGCCGCCGCCAAAUCCAAAAGUCGUCGUCGCCCAUCCUUCCGUCGCUCCUUGUCCUUUUCAACACACGCUCUGAGACAACAUCGACCCUCACCGUCGAUGCCUACUCGCACUCUACCGACAGCCCACACCUUCCAAGCUCUCUCCACUAUUGCGCCCAGCCAACGUCCCUCUUCUCGUCCAGGCUCUCGACGCCACCAACCCAUCCAACAUGCAGCCAAAUCUUCCACUUCCAGCAUCGACCCCGCCGCCCAAUACUAUCAAGAUCCCGACGCCCGUCUCAAGCUGCGCGUCUACCUGGCCUCGCCGCAGAAAUUCGACGAGGCCAUCGAGUUCGGAUUCCCGUCCUUGGAACAGGACAAGGAAAAUAUCGUACCGGACCACAGCUCCAAUCCACCAAUGUCACCCACGGUGACUAGUGAUUGGGCAGGGACCUUUUUCGAGGAUGAUGAUGGCACUAUGGUCGGGACUCCCGGCGGGUCAAUUGAAGAGCCAACGGCUUCUCGUCUCUCCCCUCAGCUUAGGGAAACCUCGCGGCCAUCCGUGGAUAGUCUCGCUCUGCUGCAACGGCAUCAAUCUUUCCUUCCGGGCUCAAAGACGGGUCCCCAGCGACUCCCAGGAAACCGGGAGAUGACCCUGAAAAUGACACUUACCCGCCCGGAUCUGCGCACCGAAUCUCCCACUCCUUCACAAACCUCCCCGCAAGAGGAUCCGCUGCGUCUGGCUGCACUGCCCCCAGCCGAUCGUACCCAGAUGAUCUGGGACUCGGAUGAGGACGACAAGGGGGUGGUCAAAAAGAUGUGGCGCAGACUUCGUCGACGAGUUUAG